UCACGCGGUUGAACAAAUGCGAUGACAUCAGAGCGCUGUGUCUCCGCCCCUCUCCGGCAGAAGGAGCGGAAGUUCCGUUGUGACCUGAGAGAUAGCAAGCGCACUCCUCACAUUGUAUGUGUGGCAACAACAUGUCUGCACCCCUGCUCUCUGAAGCCGCCACAGUGCCCGGGACGGAGAAGGAAACGGCUGUGGUAAUCUUCCUUCAUGGCUUGGGUGACACAGGAGACGGCUGGGCUGAAGGCUUGACGUCUAUUCGACUGCCAUACAUAAAAUACAUCUGCCCACACGCACCCCGAAUCCCUGUAACACUCAACAUGAAGAUGACUAUGCCCUCAUGGUUUGAUCUGAUGGGCUUAAGCCCAGAGUCACCGGAGGAUGAAGCAGGGAUUAAGAGAGCAUCGGAGAACAUAAAGGCCAUCAUCGAUCACGAGGUAAAGAAUGGUAUACCAUCCAGUCGUAUCAUUCUUGGUGGUUUCUCUCAGGGUGGAGCUCUCUCUCUCUACACCGCUCUGACUUCUCAGCAGAAGUUAGCGGGUGUUGUUGGACUUAGUUGUUGGCUUCCACUUCACAAGACUUUCCCACAGGCUGCAAGUGGGAGUGCAAACAAGGACACUCCCGUUCUGCAGUGUCAUGGCGAGAUGGAUCCCAUGAUCCCAGUGCAAUACGGGGCUAUGACAGCAGAGAAGCUCAAGACCAUCAUUUCUCCACAGAAUGUCACCUUCCGCACCUUCCCGGGUGUCAUGCAUAGCUCCUGUCCACAGGAGAUGGCUGCUGUGAAGGAGUUCAUUGAAAAGCAGUUGCCCCGAGUCUGACCUCAUUCUAGCUCACUGUGACCCUUAGACACUGACCUCUCACCUCCGACCUGCCAUUCUCCCACAGGAAACAGCCAUGGUCCCCCACUACAUGGAACGACAUACAUGCACAUUCAGUCAUACUGUGAACAUGCAACACAUGCAUACCACGUCAUCUCACACUUUUCUUUGUAAUUUCAUACAUUAGUGGACAUUCAUUAAAGGGGUGAUAUUACAAGUGGCAUUCGUACAUAGAAUAAAAGUCCUUUGGCCUUUUCUUUAAGGGAGACUCAUUAACUUUUAUUAUACAUUCCUGUACGUGUUACAUCUUAAACCAUUAUCCAGUAUCUCUCUCCCCUACUUUUCUGUCUCUUUCUUUCAAUAAGCAAGGCGGUAAAGAUAGCAUUUUGCUACACAGCUCUGUAACAGAUCUUGGGAGAUAGAGGUGGAGGAAGCUAGUGAGAGCCUGGUGCCGUCUGGAGUGACUCGGGUCGUGCUGCUCUGCAUGCUGUCCCACGGUGCAUGCCUGCGGUGGGGCUUUAUUGGGAUGCUGCAAAUCAUACUUGUGCUGAAAUAUCUUUUGUUUUCCUUUUGGUUUAUAACUAGAAGUAUGAGAAAGGUAAUUGAAAAUGGCUUAAAUAAACUACGCAAAUAAAUCAUGCAAAUCUUACAGUAUGUUUUGUUCUUCUAAAGCAAUUACACUGAAUGAGAAAAAAUAAUUUCAUUUCUGCCAGAGUGAAAUCUGUCUGUAUGCAAAAAAUGCAUUUUUAAUAAAUUAAGUUUUUUUUAUAACGCAACAUAUAAUAAGCAUGUUCAAAUAAACCCAUAACCAGCUUUAGAUUGGAGUAUUUUUACUGUAUAAUAAUCAGUUAUAAUAAGCUCUUGACAUCACUUUAUCAAAGUGAAUCACUCCAGACGGCUGAUAAUAUUUUCCAGUUGCUUUAAAUAGCUUCAUCAAUCCUCCCUAAUUCCUUCACCUCAUAACCUCAUCAUCCUCUACUUACCUGACCAAACACAUUCAAGUGUUCUGGGGUCUCAGAUCGCAUAUGUAUAUACAUUUCAGGUUCCAUAUUAUUGCGUAAAAGUAUUGUUUACUGACACAACCUAUUAAUAAAAGAUGGAGGGUCACAGUUAUGCAGCAGCGUGGUGGAUAAAGCCUGCUGAUAUUAAAGAAGUAACCUUGAUUAGCUAUUAAAAUUGAAAGAUGAGUUUGCAAACAUUUCUCUCACAGUUUGCUUGUAUACAUUUAAAAAUGGAUUAAAAUGGUUUCUGUGUGAUGAUAACUAAGUUGUUUGCAAAGUAGUGAAUGUUGCUUUUUUAAUCUAAAUAGAUGUUCUUUGAUAUAUUAUUUCAGUGUUGUUUUAUCUUACCAAGUCCAUUUGACUAAUCAAUGUUUUCAUAAAUCUUAUGAUCCCCUCUUUUAUAAUUGACAUUGUUCCUUAUUAUUUAGUUGUAUUAUUAUUUUAAUUUCUUAGCAUCGGACAGGUUUCCUACAUGCCCUGUGGCUUGAAUGUUUAUUGUAUGAACCAUGGGCAUGCCAGGCAGCAGUAACUGGCAAUAUCUUUGGGUUUAACAAUGAAUUUAUCAGUUUAUGUCCACAUGAGUUGUGUUUUGUUGUGGGAUUUUGUUUUGUCAUUUGUGCUUGUUUAAAUUUGUUUUUGUUUUUUUGUCGUCUUUUUUCUCUCAAGUGUACUGAGGGACAAUUGGUUCUUCAGAAACUUUACUGAAACACCUAUAUGUGAAAUAAAUGAUGCAAAUCGCAGCAAA